CUCCAUCUAUUAUCGAUUGAUUUUAGGUUGGAUGCAAGUCUUAUGUUGAGCCCACAUGCACAAUUUUCAUAAUGAUGGUGAUUACGGCCGGGACAUUAAGGCUUUUGACGGUAUUGGCGGUGAGGACAGUGGGGCUCUUACUGGUACUGGUGAUGUGGCAUCACCACUUACUGUUGCGCAUACAUCAUCUGCUCAUGUGGUGCCUCAUAAGCUGAUUGUUUGCAAAUCCACUAGAGGCAAGGCUCCGAGGAGACAACUUGUGACAGAGGUUGAUGCCUCUGCUCCUGGUGGUUGUGGUGAUGAUAGUGAACUGGUUCCCCCUAUUCUUGCUCUUGAUGAUAGUGGUGAUGGCAAUGAGCCAGUUCCUCCUCCUGUUGAAGGAAGUUUGAUUGAUGAUAUUGAUGCAUCUAGAUUGAUAGCUCCAUAGGCAUUCAACCUUAUUAGGUUGGAAAGGAAGUCACGAGAAUAGUUACAUUGUGGACUGAUAAAGAAAGGGGCCUAAGUUAGCUACACCUAUCAAGACUUUCACUACAUAUUAUGGCAAACUACAUUUUAUAUAUUCUUCACUUCACGACUACUUCUAAUAACUGUUUUUAUAAUGG